AAACAUGAAAACAUAAACAAGUGGAUUUAAAAUACAUACAUAUCUACGUAACUGAGUCAGAACUAAAAAUUCUAUCUUUUUAGUCAGAAUAGAGUUUAUGUUAAUAAGCAGCAGUUAACAGAUAACGAUGGACGAAAGAAAAAGUGAAGCCUCAGACCAGCAGUCGGUUGUUAACGACAGUGACGAUACUUCAAUGUCAGAGAGCAAUAAUUAUGGAAACCUAGAAAAUGAAGAGGAAGAACUUGACAAGAAAAGUAAUAUCCAGGAAAAUUCUAACAUCCUCCUUCCUAGAAUGAAUGUGCAAGAAAAGAUCAUAAUCUGCCUUGAUCUCUGUGCAGACUUGCAUGGAUCGGACCCAUUUAGGUUUGGAGAUGGCACCAAAUUGUCCACAUUGAACAUGUUGAAAAGAAUAGUUCAGAUGUUCUUGUUUUGCAAAAUGACCAUUGAUACCAAACAUGAGUAUGCGUUGAUGGCGCUUCAUCGCGAAGGGGCCUCGUGGAUCACGCACUUCACUGACACACCUUCUGAUAUCACUAACACAAUGGCCACCUUGAAGUCAAUGCCACAACCGCCGGAAUGUGACAUGUCCUGUGUGUUUGAUAAAAUCGUUGACAUUAUUGCCUUGCCCCACGUUUCUGAUGUCAGCGUUGAGCUUCCUUCCCACAUUUACAGAGUCAUCAUGCUCUAUGCUAGGACGAAUUGCCGGCCCAUUCUUGGUACAAACUGUGGUUCAGCCAAAGCCUUGUCGUUGUCGCCAUACUUCUUCUUUGAUCUCAUUUACGUCCAUGAGCCGCUGAAUGAUAUAAACAAAGACACCUGCCAAAGCAUAUUCAACGACCUUUGCACCGAGCUGUGCCUGCCAACCUCCUACGUUUUCAAUGUAGGCCGAAAUCCAACGAAGCUUCAUGACUGCAUGGCUAAAUUGCUUGCCCACCCCCUGCAGAGGCCGCUUCAGGAAGAUGCUGAUUACAAAUUACUGCCAGAAGAGCACUCCAACUGAGUCCAAAGUGAGCCUGAAAAACAUUCCUAAAACGUGCAUGUUCUGAUCAUGUGCCAGUUUUUAGUAAAUCUAAAGAGGAAUUUGUUUAUUCUUACAGCUUCAGUGAAAUGUUACUGUGAACCAUAAAUAUAUAAAUUAAAUCGGAA